GACAGUAUAUAAGGGGUUUGUUUACUGUGCCUUUUAACUCCAGCUGCACUUCACUUUCUUUUCAUCGGACAGGUGAGGAGGGACCAUGGAGUCUGCGAGCGACGAAAUCCAAGAACGUCUCAUUGAAGGCUUUAGGUUGAGGCUGGAAAAAAACAUAACAGUGGCGCCGACUCUGAACCAUUUGGCGUUCAUUCAGCCCGAGGAAAAAGAGCAGAUUAUACAAAAACUGAGGUCGGACGGCGAGAUAUGUGCUGCCAGGCUGCUGAUCACCGUGGUUCUUAAAAAGCCCCACAGUGAGGGCUGGUUCAGGGCCUUCGUGGACGGUUUAAUACUCGGGGGUUCGGAACUUGCUGCCAAGUAUUUGGAGUUAAACCCCCCGAGCCCUGAUGUGGAGGAGGAGAAYGAUUACUGCGUAAAGCUUAUUCAGAUACUGGCUCCCGGUCUUGAGACCAUGAAGACAGAAGAAGUGUGUGCCGAAUGUUUCUCCAGCGAGAUUAUCACUGAGGAUGACAAGGAGAAAAUUUUAGCUGAAACAAGAAACAAAGGAUCACGGAGCGGAGCCUCAGAACUUCUGAGGAGAAUUGUGAAACGCCCCCCUGGAUGGUUCUCGACAUUUCUAGAUGUUCUGCGUAAAACUGAGCACAAGCACCUGUAUGAGCUGACCGGAGGAUCACCUGAGUGUGAACCAUGUGAGAAAUCACUGAAUGGUGAGCCUGCAGUGGAGACCAAGGAAAUCCGUUUCACUGAGGAGCCUCAGGAUGAUCCCACAGAUCUGUAUGCCAGUGCUGACAUGCCAGAAAGCACGGACGCCUCAAAUCCAGGUGACUUAGGAGCAGCUGCAGCAGCAACUAAAAGCCCUGAGAAAGCAGAAAUCACUCUCUGGGAUUAUCAGAUGGAAGUCGCUAGACCUGCCUUGGAGGGGAAAAACAUAAUAAUAUGCCUCCCGACAGGAAGUGGUAAAACCAGAGUCGCGGUGUACGUUACUAAGAAACAUCUGGACAGCAGGAGGGAGGAGGGGAAACCAGGGAAGGUGAUCAUCCUGGUGAACAAGAUUCCUCUCGUUGAGCAGCAUUUCACCACUGAGUUUUCGCCWUAUCUAAAACCCAAAUACAAAGUGGAGAGAGUCAGCGGAGACUCCCAGCUCAAAAUCUCUUUUGCCAAGACUGUGCAGAGAAAUGACGUCCUCAUCUGCACGGCUCAGAUUCUGGAAAACUACUUGGAGAGGGCUAACAGUGGAGAGGAUGAAGGGGUGAAGCUGAGUGAUCUCACGUUGAUCAUAAUAGAUGAAUGUCACCACACUCAGAAAGGAGGUGUCUACAACCACAUAAUGAUGCGAUAUUUGAAGCAAAAGCACAAGAACAUAAGGCGCAAGAAGGAGGAGAAGGAUCCCAUUCCACUCCCUCAGAUCCUGGGCCUGACYGCCUCGCCUGGUGUUGGAAAAGCCAACACAAUGGACAAAGCUGUGGAGCACAUAAUGAGAAUUUGUGCGAACCUAGAUGCUUCAAAUAUCAUGACGAGGAGCCUUGGAGAGGACCAGAAGAAGCUAAGAAAAAUAACCAUGACUGCUGAAGACAGAAAAGAGGAUCCAUUUGGUGAUGUGAUAAAGACAAUCAUGAAUGCCAUUCAUGAUCAUGCCAAGUUCAGCCCCACCUGUGACCUGGGCUCUCAGAAUUAUGAACAGUGGGCUGUUCAAAAAGAGAGACAAGCUGCCAAAGAGGAGAAUCAGAUAGAGCGAGUUUGCGCUGAGUACCUCCGGCGGUACAACGAGGGCUUGAUUCUCAGCAACACCAUUCGGAUGUGCGACGCCCUCAGGUGUCUGAACAAAUUCCAUGAGGAGCAAAUAAAGAAGAAGUCAUCAGUAGAUGAGGAGCAGAACAUACAGAUCACCGAUACAGAGAGAUUCCUCUUCAAGCAGUUUAAAGACAAAAAAGAGAUGCUGGAGAAGCUUGCAAAGAUUCCAGAGUAUGAGAACGACAGCCUGGCAAAAUUAAAAAGUAAGAUUUUGCAGGAGUUCAGCACUAGGCAGGAGGCCAGAGGGAUCAUUUUCACUAAAACACGUCACAGCGCCAUUACUCUAAGCCAGUGGAUUCAGGAAAACCCCAAGUUUGCCGACAUCGGAGUGAAACCAUCACAUGUUAUUGGAGGAGGAGACCAGAGUGAUGUUAAACCAAUGACUGCUGCUGAGCAAAAGGAUGUACUGAAAAAAUUCAAAACCGGUGAAGUCAACUUGCUGGUUGCUACCACGGUGGCAGAGGAAGGUUUGGACAUACCCGCCUGCAAUUUUGUCAUCCGAUAUGGUCUUUCAACCAAUGAGAUCGCCAUGAUUCAGGCUCAAGGCAGAGGAAGAGCUGAGGACAGCUCUUACACUGUAGUAGAUGUAAAGAACUCUGGUGUGGCUGAAAAAGAGUGUGUCAAUGAGCACCGGGAGGAUAUGAUGAAUAAAGCCAUCAAGAAAAUCAAAACCUAUUCUUCAGAUAAAUAUAAUGAAAAGAUCGACGAGUUUCAGAUUCAGGCUAUAAUGGAGGAGAGAGUGAGACAGGUGAAGCAGAAGCAGAAGGCCAUCAAGGAUGAGAGUCCAUCUGCUGUCAAGUUCAGCUGUCGAGGCUGCAGCGAGAACAUCUGCAGCGGUGAAGACAUCAACAUCAUCGAAAACAUGCACAGAGUCAACGUUACCCCACAGUUCAAGGAACUUUUCAAUCUCAGAGAAAAUGCUGCUCUUCAGGAGCGACUUUUGGACUAUGAGACCAAUGGUGUCAUAGCUUGCAAAAUCUGUGGCCAGACAUGGGGUUCGAUGAUGAUGUACCGUGGGAUUGAGUGUCCCUGCCUCCACGUGAAAAACUUUGUGGUCGAUAUUAGAGGGAAAAAGAUCAGCAACUGCACCAAGUGGAGUGACCUCCCCGUCAGGUUUUCCUCAUUCGACUACGCCGAGUACGCUUACCAGAUGGCCCAAAGCUCCGACGAUGAAGAAGCAGAUUGAAAUGCAAAAAAAAAAAGAUAAAAGCACAUUUUUCCUCUGGUUCUGCACCUUGCACAUUAUUUACCAUCACUAAAUGCAAAGCUUCCUUUCMCUGCUAACAUCACUGGUGAUGGAUUUAAGUUUUAAUUGUUUAUUUCUCUCCUCUCUUUUUUUCAACAUUAUCACUUGCUUUUUAAAUGUUUCAAACACUGUCAGUUUUGAAUGUAUGACACUGAUUUGAGAUAAUGUCGUAAUUUCUAUGAAUGUAAACUUUAAAACAUGGAUAAAAAUAUCAAGAUUCAGAAUAUUUUCCUCUAAUCAUCGUUGUCUCAGGAGAAGGGAGUGAGUGAGCCUGUGAUAGACCCCCCCCAGAGACCACUUGUCAAUUAUCUUGCAUGCAGACAGGUGCUGUGGACUCUGGUUGCUCUCUUUAUCCAUUUGUGAGAUGGUUUUGUGCAAACAGUGGGUGCUGCUAUUUUAAGAGUCAGACUUUAUAACCUCUUUGCCCAUAUCUUUCUAUAGAAUAACUGAUGGGUUGUAUAUGCAUUUUAUGAGUGAAAAUGGGUAUAAAAUGUCAUUUUGUAAGGUUACCUGGGCUGCAUUUAAUCUAAAACUUCUGGGGGGAAAUUCAGUGUUUAUGUUUUAUGAAAAAAAUGCUAGCACAUUCACUGUUUUCUAAUUUGGUAUCAUAUGUACUCAGUUUUUGUUGUGUCAUUGUAUAUUAAUGUGCUUUUCUGUAUUAGCACAGUAGUUUACAAUGUUUAAAAAAGACCUCUCUGCUUUUGAAAAUAAAUUACAUUCUUCACAGCUUCUUAAAA